AUGAACCCCAAUUCGUCAGGAGAUGUCAUCAUUUCUCUUUCUGUUCAAUCAUCCGUUCAGACUGUACGAUUCUGGAUUUAUCUAUUUUUUAAUAUAUUUUCUCUUAUCUGUACAUUCUUUGAUCUAUAUUAUCUUCUUGCUGAUCGAACACUUCGUCGUGCACUCAAUAAUCAUGUCAUCAUUGUUCUUCUUAUCGUUGGUCUUAUCGAUGAAUUAACCAAUAUUCCAUGGACUCUUUACAAUGAUCAUAAUCGUGUGCCUGUAAUAAAAUCAUAUAUAUUCUAUUGCUUCUGGUCUUUCAUCAACCUUGGAUUUAAUUCACUUCAAGUUGAAUUGUUUGCUUGGGCAACUAUAGAACGACACAUACUUAUAUUUCAUAAUCAUUGGAUAGCGACGAAAAGCAAACGUUUCUUUCUUCAUUAUUUUCCAAUCGGUGCAAUCAUCAUCUAUUAUCUUAUCUAUUAUUCUUUUGUUUUUUUUUAUCCAUUUUGUGAAAGUUCAUUUGAUGCAUUCUUAUCCGGAAGUUUUCAUAUUCCUUGUGUUUUUGAUCAUACAGUAUUAGGAAUGUGGGAUUUGAUCGUUCAUCAAUUUUUGCCCACUGUGAUUAUUGUGUUCUUUAGCAUGGCACUUAUUAUUCGUGCUAUAUUAAAGAAAAAUCGUUUACGUCAAGGAGUCCGAUGGCGAAAAUAUAAAAAGAUGAUCACUCAAUUGUUGUCCAUCUCAGCUAUCUAUAUCAUCUUCAAUGUACCAUGGGUUGUAGUCAUUUUUGCUUAUCAAUAUGGUUUACCGGAAGAUAUUGCAAAAGUCGCUUUGAUUUAUACAGGAUUUCUUUAUUAUUUUGUGAUAUUUCUAUUUCCAUUUGUCUGUUGUUUAUCAUUAUCUGAACUUCGGUCUAAAGUCAAAGAGAAACUAUUAUUCUGGAGACCAGCACGACAAGUUGGUCCAACAACAUUAGCUAUGAUACGACCACGAACUGAUAGAGCUGUAGGACAAUGA